AUGAUGAAGACGGAGCCGCGGGGGCCCGGGGGUCCCCUCCGGAGCGCCUCCCCGCACCGCAGCGCCUACGAGGCGGGCAUCCAGGCGCUGAAGCCGCCCGACGCGCCCGGGCCCGACGAGGCGCCCAAGGCGGCCCACCACAAGAAAUAUGGCUCCAACGUCCACCGCAUCAAAAGUAUGUUCCUGCAGAUGGGCACGACGGCGGGGCCGCCGGGCGAGGCGGGCGGCGGCGCGGGCCCCACCGAGGCCCCGCGGGCGCCCGAGCGCGGCGUGCGCCUGUCGCUGCCGCGGGCCAGCAGCCUCAACGAGAACGUGGACCACAGCGCCCUGCUCAAGCUGGGCACCAGCGUGUCGGAGCGCGUGAGCCGCUUCGACUCCAAGCCCGCGCCCUCGGCGCAGCCCGCGCCGCCGCCGCACCCGCCGUCCCGGCUGCAGGAGACGCGGAAGCUGUUCGAGCGGAGCGCCCCGGCGGCCUCGGGCGGCGACAAGGAGGCCGCGGCGCGGCGGCUGCUGAGGCAGGAGCGCGCCGGCCUGCAGGACCGGAAGCUGGACGUCGUGGUGCGCUUCAACGGCAGCACCGAGGCGCUGGACAAGCUGGACGCCGACGCCGUGUCGCCGACGGUCAGCCAGCUCAGCGCCGUCUUCGAGAAGGCCGACUCGAGGACCGGCCUGCACCGCGGCCCGGCGCUGCCCAGGGCCGCGGCCGCCGGGGCCCCGCACGCCGGCUCGAAGCUGGUCAGCAGGCGGUCCCGCGUGUUCCAGCCGCCGCCGCCGCCGCCGCCCGCCCCGUCGGGGGAUGCGCCGGCCGACAAGGAGCGCGGCCCCGGCCCCGGCCCCGGCCCCGGCCCCGGCCCCGGCCCCGGCGGGCAGCAGCCUCCGCAGCACCGGGUGGCCCCUGCCCGGCCGCCCCCCAAGCCCCGGGAGGUGCGCAAGAUCAAGCCGGUGGAGGUGGAGGAGAGCGGGGAGUCGGAGGCCGAGGCGGCGCCCGGGGAGGUGAUUCAGGCGGAGGUGACGGUCCACGCGGCCCUAGAGAAUGGCAGCGCCUUGGCAACCACUGCCAGCCCCGCGCCCGAGGAGCCGCAGAAGGCCCAGGCGGGCCCCGAGGAGGCCGCGGCCACCGUGGCGGCGCCCGAAAGAGCGCUGGGCGACGGCCGGGCCCCGGACGUGGCCCCUGAGGAGGCGGAUGAGUCCAAGAAGGAGGACUUCUCGGAGGCGGACUUGGUGGACGUGAGCGCCUACAGCGGGCUGGGGGAGGACUCCGGGGGCAGCGCCCUGGAGGAGGACGACGAGGAGGACGAGGAGGACGGCGAGGCCCCCUAUGAGCCCGAGUCGGGGUGCGUGGAGAUCCCGGGGCUCUCGGAAGAAGAGGACCCGGCCCCGAGCCGGAAGAUCCAUUUCAGCACGGCGCCCAUCCAAGUGUUCAGUACCUACUCCAACGAAGACUACGACCGGCGCAACGAGGACGUGGACCCCAUGGCCGCCUCGGCUGAGUAUGAGCUGGAGAAACGGGUGGAGAGGCUGGAGCUGUUCCCUGUAGAGCUGGAGAAGGACUCCGAAGGCCUGGGCAUCAGCAUCAUUGGCAUGGGGGCUGGAGCCGACAUGGGCCUCGAGAAGCUGGGCAUCUUUGUGAAGACGGUGACCGAGGGUGGUGCAGCCCACCGGGAUGGCAGGAUCCAAGUGAAUGAUCUCCUGGUCGAGGUGGAUGGCACAAGUCUGGUUGGAGUCACCCAGAGCUUCGCAGCCUCCGUGCUCCGGAACACCAAGGGUCGCGUGCGGUUUAUGAUUGGCCGGGAGCGGCCAGGCGAGCAGAGCGAGGUGGCCCAGCUAAUUCAGCAGACCCUGGAACAGGAGCGAUGGCAGCGGGAGAUGAUGGAGCAGAGAUACGCCCAAUACGGGGAAGAUGAUGAGGAGACAGGAGAAUAUGCCACCGACGAGGAUGAGGAGCUGAGCCCCACGUUCCCGGGUGGCGAGAUGGCCAUCGAGGUGUUUGAGCUGGCAGAAAACGAGGAUGCCUUGUCCCCUGUGGACAUGGAGCCUGAGAAGCUGGUGCACAAGUUCAAGGAGCUCCAGAUCAAGCAUGCUGUGACUGAGGCAGAGAUCCAGCAGCUAAAAAGAAAGCUGCAGAGCCUAGAGCAGGAGAAGGGGCGGUGGCGGGUGGAGAAGGCCCAGCUGGAGCAGAGCGUGGAGGAGAACAAGGAGCGCAUGGAGAAACUGGAGGGCUACUGGGGCGAGGCCCAGAGCCUGUGCCAGGCUGUGGAUGAGCACCUGCGGGAGACCCAGGCCCAGUACCAGGCUCUGGAGCGCAAGUACAGCAAGGCCAAACGCCUCAUCAAGGACUACCAGCAGAAGGAGAUCGAGUUCCUGAAAAAGGAGACCGCACAGCGCCGGGUUCUGGAAGAGUCGGAGCUGGCUAGGAAGGAGGAGAUGGAUAAGCUCCUGGACAAGAUCUCAGAACUGGAAGGAAACCUGCAAACACUGAGGAAUUCCAAUUCUACUUAACAGGAAUCAUUCCUUGACCGGACAAUAAUUAAUCCCCUCCCAUUGUCCUCCCUCCCCUGUCCUCAAUACUUCCCACACCCCCCCCGCCCCCUACCAGCCUGGGGACAGGUGCCCCGACUCCCCCACCCUCUGCCCCACCUCCCCCAGCUUCAGGGACCAGAGGGCCUGGGCAGACAGAGGUGGCUGGAAGGAUGGCCUCCUUCUUGCCCAAUGGGGCUAAGGCACAAAGGCCAAGGAAUGCCGAGGGUUGGCCUGGGUGGUAGAUGGACACAAGGACCUGCAGACCAUACUGCCAGACUUUACAAUCAACCUCCAGCCUUUGUCUCUGGACUGGAAUGGGGCUGGGGGCUCUCCCAGCAUCUCACCACCUGGAGGCUGCUCCCUGCCCAUGGGGCUCCUAGGUGGGCCCUGGGCCUCUUGACUUGAGAUUCUCUACCUUCUUGGCCCUUUCCCUGUCCCCCAUCAUUGUGCUGUCUCUGUUGCAUUCUGACCCUCCUGCUGGGAGGGGUUGCCUCCACACCUCCACCCAUCCCGGUCCCCCCACCCAGGAGGGACAGAGUUCACCCCUGAGCCUGGAGGCUGGGCCUGGCCCUGCACUGAUUUCUCAUGCAUCCUUCGGGAGAAGGGGAGAGUCCAGGACACCUGGUCCCCAGCUCCCCCUUUCCUAGGGCAGCAGCCCUCAAUUUUUCCUUGUGCCUCCCCACCCCCAGGUGCCAAAUAGCCAUAACCUCCUCCUGGAACAGUUCUGUGGCUUCUCAGGGCUCCAGGUUUCCUGGCCAAGACUGGGAAUGCCAGGGAGGAGAGGUCAGCUUUGGGGGCCUGGCUGCAGAGCCCCUGGUCUUAGGCAAGGGGAACAUUUCCCACCAGAGAGCCAGGCCCUGCCCUGCCCAGGGCCACACCUGGAAGCCUUGUACUAACAUCGCAAAUUCAGCCUCACUCCGCCCACACCCACAGGUUUUGACUGGAGGGCAAAAUUUUACUACUACUCAUCUUUCUGGAGACCAGGGCUGCCCUGCUGGCAGCCUGCUUCCUAAGUGAAAUCUGCUCCGUUUCCCCCACUUUAACCCCAAAUUGGGGCUUGGACCAAGGGAGGUGAGACCCCCCCCAGGUCCCCUCCCCUUUCAGGAUCCAUCUCUCAUUUUGCCUCUUCCUACUGCCCCUGCCCCAGACUGGAUUUAUGUUCAGUUUUUAAAAACAGACAACUCCCAUCACAUCUGUUUGGGCUUCUCGUCCCCUGUAAAUAGACCACGCCAUCGAUCAGUAUUUCUCGGGCGCCCCCCUCCCACCCCCAGACGUGCCCCUACCCCUCAAAGAGCUGGCUGUCUCGGUGCCCGGGCCCACGCGCUUCACCCCCGUCGCCGCGGCAGAUGGAGGGGGCGGGGCCAGGUGGGCGGGGGUUCGGAGCGCUUCCGGUUUCUCGGCCGGCACCGCCCCUCCCCGCCCCCCCGCAGGACUGCGUCUCUGUACAUAAUAUAUAUAUGUAUGUAUUGUUCCCGGUUUUGUACGGACCAUGCCCUCUGUCAGGUCGUCCCCAUAAAAGCAGCCCCCAGAGCC